UCUCUAUAUCGAUAAAUUCACCUCUCCUCUUUACACCUUCCAGCAUAAAAUAGAAAGAGAGAGAGAGCUUAAGACGCUCCAGAACAUACACUUUCGGAAACUUUGAAACUUGCGGAACCAUGUCGCCUGAACCGCGACCGCUGGACCGGAACCAGACCGAAUGGACCAUCUACGUUAACGAGAGCCUCAAGCGCAUGCCCGUCGACGAGCGACAGAUAUGGGAGAAGCGGUGCGUCUACAGGGUCCCCGCCUGCGUCACCGAGCUCAACCACAAAGCCUACCAGCCGCAGGCCAUCUCCUUCGGGCCCUACCACCACGGUGAGGACCGCCUCCGCCCCAUGGAGGAGCACAAGCACCGCGCGCUCCUCCACUUCCUCAAGCGGUCCAGGAAGUGCCUCGAGCCCUUCCUCGAGUCCAUGAGGGAGGUGGCGCAGGACCUCGAGGAGAGCUACGAGGCGUUGGACCCAAAGUGGAAGGAGGGUGGCAGCGAGGGCGCGGGUCGGUUCCUGGAGCUGAUGAUCACCGACGGCUGCUUCAUGCUCGAGAUCCUGAGGACCGCGACGCAGGUGGUGGACGACUACGCGCCCAACGACCCCAUCUUCAGCAACCACGGGAAGCUCUACAUAAUGCCGUACAUACGACGGGAUAUGCUGAUGCUGGAGAAUCAGCUUCCGAUGCUAGUGCUGGAUCGGCUGGUCACUGUUGAGAGCAACGGCAAGAAGGACAAUGAAUUCGUCAACAAGCUCAUCCUCAAGUUCUGCUCCCUCGGCACGCGCGUCACAAAGAUGGGCAAAUGCCUGCACGUCCUGGACGUCUUCAGGAAGAGCAUGCUGACGGACCCCAAGAAGAAGGUCCACCACGAGAUGGUCAAGAUGGGGCACGAUGGCAGUGAGGAGAUCAUCCGGUCGGCCACCGAGCUCGACGAGGCCGGGAUUCGGUUCAAGAAGAGCAAGACCGACAGCCUCAAGGACAUCUCCUUCUCCAAAGGGGUCCUGAGGCUCCCCGUGAUUGUGGUGGACGACACCACUGAGUCCAUGUUCCUCAACCUCAUAGCGUUCGAGCGCUUCCACGUCGGGGCCGGGAACGAGGUCACGUCCUACAUCUUCUUCAUGGACAAUAUCAUCGAUAAUGAGCGGGACGUCGCGCUGCUCCACGCCCGGGGCAUCAUCCAGAAUGCCGUCGGGAGCGACAAGGCGGUUGCCAAGCUGUUCAACUCGCUGUCCAAGGACGUGACCCUCGAGCCCGACAGCACCCUCGAUGCCGUGCACAAGAAGGUCAGCAGGUACUGCAAGAAGCCCUGGAACGUGUGGAGGGCUAACCUCAUCCACACCUACUUCAGGAAUCCAUGGGCUAUACUGUCUCUCGUCGCCGCCGUCUUCCUCUUCGCGCUCACCAUAAUUCAGACGGUGUAUUCCGUGCUCAGCUACAAUGGUUGAGCCCUCCCCUUGCCUCUGGUGCAAUAAUUUUUUUUUUACAGUUUUCGGGUUCUUCUCCGGGUGGCGCGCUUGAUAAUAAUCUCUUGAUCGGUUGUUGAUUGUUGUUCUGAAUGUAUUUUCCUCCUAUUUUCAAUCACGUUGAUAUCUUCCUC